GUGGUUUAGGUCACUGACAGCAUAAACCCUUGGAGCUGGGUGCGCACGUGGGUGACGCUGUAGGGCCAACCCUCCUCCGGGUCCCUUUUGUUGAACCAUCAAACAUAAGCACCUUUGGAGAUCCCGAGGGGUUCAGAUGAGAAACAGUCGUCAUCUUACGCACCCGAGCUAUCCCUUAUCCUCCGCGCAGUCAUGUCGAGGUCUUUCUACGUAGAUUCUUUGAUAAUCAAGGACACGGUGAGACCUGGACCCGCCGAGCAUCCAGCGCAAGACUUCCUCAUCCCCAUCAGCAUGCACUCCCCGAGCGUGAUGACGGUCAGCGCUCCGGUGUGUCCGUCCAGGAAAAACGGGACAUUCUGCGUUUGCCCGCUGUGCGUCACGUCCCACAUCCACUCGUCCCGCGGCGGCAUUCCCAUGCUGAAGAGUCAGUUCCCUGGAGCAGAGGCGCAGUACUGUCAGAGGAUAGCUCAGCAGCAGUCACCGGCGCUCGCGCAUCAUGGACACACACCUGUUUGCACGCCCACCUUCAGCGUCACAGACCCCAGGAGAUACCACUGCCUCUCUCUCGGUGCUUCUGAGAACAGCCACAUACAGAAUGGCAAGAGGAUGCGGACGGCAUUCACCAGCACGCAACUUUUGGAACUCGAAAGGGAGACCCUCACUGCGCCUUUUGGAGCGACCAAUUCACAGUGGAUAUACUUACAAGAAAGGAAUAUAAAGAGGGGAUUAGUAAAAGGCCGGGCCGGAGCGUCCGCAGUCAUGGAUGUGGUGAAGACGUGCGCUGUCUUUGCUGUCAUCUUGAUGCAGCUGUCCUCAGCUGCCUUUGGACUUUCACAACCCACCAUCAUUUCCAACCAGACGGAGUUUAUCCUGCAGCCCGAUUCCACCUUCAACAUUAGCUGCACGGGGAAAAGAAGCUUAGUCUGGGUCGAGCCACUGCAGGAAAACACCUUCACUCUUCCAGGUUACCUAACAUCCACUCUCUAUAUCUACAAUGCAACAGUGGAGAACACCGGCUACUACACGUGCAAGUACCAACACCAGGAGGUGGAAACAGAGAGUCAAACAGAGAGAGACACAAUCGAGGAUGAUGCGGAAAUAUACGUCUUUGUCCCAGAUCCCCGUGCCCCGUUCGUCCCGGAGAUGCCCGAGAACCUGGUCGUCCCCGUGACCUCGGAUGAGGUGGUCAUCCCGUGCCGUGCAUCUCACCCCAACUAUCACGUCAUCCUGAGGAGCGUCCCCGGCGGAGAGGAGAUGCUGGUCUUUAACGACAACAAGAUUGGCUUUUUUGGAUACCUCACCCCUGGACAGUACCAGUGCGAGAUCACGGAGAAUGGCCGGACAUUCAAAAGUGAAAUUUACACAGUGCUACCUGAAGCCCCCAAGGAGGCGAAGGACUUCAAGGUGGAAGUAAAGGCCAGUGAGGAGAGAGUGUCGGCUGGGCAACCGUUCAACAUCACCUGUGUCAGUCCGCCUGGUUCGGACUACGCGCAGCAGUGGCUCCAUCCAAAGAAACAGGCCGCGGAGGGCAUUCUGACAAAGACGGUUUCUCCUGACUGGGUCAUCUACACUCUGAGUGUCCCACAAGCCAUCCCUGAGGACAGCGGCACCUACGAAUGCUCCAUCACACACAAACAGAGCGGAGAAGUCAGGGUCAGCUCUGUGGCUGUCACUGUUUUUGAGGAGGACUCCUUUCUCACCUUGGACCACAGUGGGAUUCUAGCCACGGAAUUUCUAGACAUCUUCGAGGAGACGGAGUUCACCAUCCUCAUUUACGCGUACCCGGUGGCCCCCAAAGUGAAUUGGCUGAGAGACGGAGAAGCCAUAAAGGAGGGCUUCUACACCUUCACCACAUCGAGCUAUGUGGAUGGACAUCUGUAUCAGAGUAUCCUGACGUUCCGACACCCCAUGGAGAAAGACAACGGAAAUUACACCAUCUCAGUCAUAAGUGGCUCCCGUACUGCUCAGUUCUCUUUUGUCCUUAAAGUGAGAGCUCCCACUGGAGUGGUGAGCCCGCCGUCCUCGGCUCCCGUGCUGCUGCCGAGGGGGGGGGAGAAGGUGGUGCCCCUCCACACCCCUUUCGCGCUGACGUGCCGCGGUCAGGCCAGGCUGGCGUGGGAGACGCCGUUCCACGUGACCGAGCAGGCGCGGGAGGACAGCAGCGGCCUGUUCGUCACCACCGUCGCCGUGGACAGCGCCACGGCGAUGCACACGGGCUACUACACCUGCUUUUACAGCAAAAACGCCACCGAGAACGCGGACGAAAGCAGCAUCUACAUCUACGUGCCAGAUCCAGAUGUGCCUUUCGUGCCGUCGCUGGUGCCUUUCAGCAACCACGUCCUGACCAAUAACAAUGAGAUGGAAAUCCAGUGUCUGGUGUCUGAUCCGAAUGCAAAUGUGACGCUGGUGAAUGUCGAAACCCAGCAGCCCGUGCACUGUGUUUACGACAGCAAGAGGGGUGCCGUGGGUGUGUUUACCGCUGGAACCUACGUCUGCAAGGCCGUUAUAAACGGAGAGGAGCACGAGAGCGGGGAAUACAUCGUCCACGGCUGGACAGCCGACACGGCGCUGCAGGUUGAGCUGACAGCCAAAAGGAUGGCUCUGCUGGUGGGAGACACGAUCACAGUCUCCUGUCUGGCAAGAGGAGCCGAGAUUUUGGAAGAUCACUGGAAAUACCCCGGAAAGAUGGCCAACCGCGGUCUCAAAAGCGUGCGUGAUAAUAAGAAGGAUCAGGAAAUUCUGUACACCCUGACGAUCCCACAAGCAUCAACUAAGGACAGCGGCAUCUAUUCUUGUUCUAUCACCAACAUAAUGAGUAAUGAAAGCCAGACGAAACAGCUAGCUAUUCAAGUCUUCGCCAGUGAGUUUUUGUCCAUCCAGCCGAAGUUCAGAGAAUAUGAAUCCGCAGAGUUAGACGAAGUGCGGGAGUUCAGGGCUGAAAUUAGCUCUUUCCCCGAAGCUCGGGUCACUUGGCUCAAAGACGGCAACCCACUCAACGAUGUGACGGCCGAGAUCUCCACCAGCCUGAGGCAGACAAGCGAGACCAGCUACAUGAGCGUCCUCACCCUGAUCCGGGCCAAGGAGGAGGACAGUGGGAACUACACCAUGCGAGUGGAGAACAGAAACCAAAGCCGGGAUGUUAGCCUAAUCCUGGAAGUCAGAGUGCCUGCAGCUAUUGUGGACCUGAUGGACAUCCACCAUGGCUCAUCUAGUGGUCAGUCUGCGGUGUGCAUUACCAGAGGGCAGCCCACCCCUGUAGUUGAGUGGUUCAUCUGCAGAAACAUCAAACAUUGUGCCAAUGACUCGUCUUCGUGGUUGCCCCUCCCCGUCAACUCCACAGAGAUCACAAUGGAGUCGCACUUCGAUGAAGAGCUUAACUUGGAAAGCGAGGUCAUGUUUGGUCAUCUGGAAAGCACAGUGGCAGUACGCUGCCAGGCCAGAAAUGAAAUGGCCACUGUCUCCAGGGAGGUCAAACUGGUGUCUAAUGGCCCUCACCCUGAGCUGACUGUAGCUGCAGCUGUACUGGUGCUCCUGGUCAUUGUCAUCAUCUCACUCAUUGUCUUGGUUGUUAUCUGGAAACAGAAACCACGAUAUGAGAUUCGCUGGAGGGUCAUAGAGUCUGUGAGCCCUGAUGGCCAUGAGUAUAUCUAUGUGGAUCCAAUGCAGUUGCCCUACGACUCAAGAUGGGAGUUUCCUCGGGACAGACUUGUGCUUGGUCGUAUCCUGGGCUCUGGAGCCUUUGGGAAGGUGGUCGAGGGCACUGCCUAUGGCCUCAGCCGUUCUCAGCCGGUCAUGAAAGUGGCGGUGAAAAUGCUGAAACCCACGGCCCGUUCCAGUGAAAAACAGGCCUUGAUGUCUGAACUGAAGAUCAUGACUCAUCUCGGACCCCAUCUCAACAUCGUAAACCUCCUGGGAGCGUGCACCAAGUCAGGCCCUAUCUACAUUAUCACCGAGUACUGCUUCUACGGCGACCUGGUCAACUAUCUGCACAAGAACAGGGAGAGCUUCGUCAGCCUGAGCCCAGAGAAAAACAAGAAAGAGCUGGAUAUUUUCGGCAUCAACCCCGCAGACGAGAGCAGCAGGAGUUAUGUGAUCCUAUCUUUUGAGAGCAAAGGAGAUUACAUGGACAUGAAGCAGGCGGACAACACUCAGUAUGUGCCCAUGCUGGAGAUGAGCAAUCCUUCCAAGUACUCUGAUAUCCAGAGGUCUAACUAUGACCACCCACCUUCACAGAAAGACUCAAGCGAAUCUGAAAUGGACAACCUGCUGUCCGACGACUUGAACGAAGGCCUCACAACCACCGACCUGCUCAGCUUUACGUACCAGGUGGCCAAAGGAAUGGAGUUUCUAGCUUCCAAAAAUUGCGUGCACAGAGACCUUGCAGCCAGGAACGUCCUCCUCUCUCAAGGCAAGAUAGUGAAGAUCUGUGACUUUGGGUUGGCCAGAGAUAUCAUGCAUGACAACAACUAUGUCUCCAAAGGGAGUACUUUUCUGCCUGUAAAGUGGAUGGCACCAGAAAGUAUUUUUGACAACCUGUACACCACCCUCAGUGAUGUUUGGUCAUAUGGCAUUCUCCUCUGGGAAAUAUUCUCCUUAGGCGGCACCCCGUAUCCAGGGAUGGUGGUGGACUCCAGUUUCUACAACAAGAUCAAGAGUGGUUAUAGAAUGUCUAAACCAGAGCAUGCACCACAUGAUGUGUACGAGAUGAUGAUGAAGUGCUGGAACAGUGAGCCUGAGAAAAGGCCUUCUUUCAUGGGCCUGAGUGAGAAUGUGGCGUCUUUGCUGCCCUGCAGCUACAAGAGGCAUUAUGAAAAGGUGAACCACGAGUUUCUGAAGAGCGACCAUCCCGCUGUGACUCGGGUGUGCGUGGAAAAUGACGCCGACUACAUCGACAUUCCGUACAAGAACCAGGGAAAGUUGAAGGACAGGGAAAGCGGCUUCGAUGAGCAGCGGCUGAGCUCGGACAGCGGCUAUAUCAUCCCGCUCCCCGACCUGGAUCCCAUAUCCGAUGAGGAAUACGGAAAGAGGAACAGACACAGCUCGCAAACCUCUGACGAGAGUGCCAUCGAGACCGGGUCCAGCAGCUCCACCUAUGCCAAGCGGGAGGGUGAAACCCUCGAGGACAUCACGUUGCUGGACGAAAUGUGUCUGGACUGUAGCGACUUGGUGGAGGACAGUUUUCUGUGACAGCUGCUCGUUUUGAGCGGGAGCCACAAAGGAAGGGGCCGUAUGAACACGGGGAAACUAGAGAAAGACAUGGAAAUCAACCAAAGACUCUCCCCCCCCCACACACACUGCUCCCGCCCCUCUCUUGCUGGGACACAUCAAAACCACUUCACGGCCCGGUCGAGUCUGUGGUGAGGUGGGGAACGGACAUCACUUCUCCCUGGACAGUCCCUUUCCUAAGGGUUGGAGGAGCGCGCGGACAUUGUCGAAAAUGUGACUCGCAGAAAGGACUCCAAGAAUGGCAGGAGACUUCGCACCAGAGCUAGCCGGAAAGGAACAGAAAAAAGAUUGUCUGUCAUUAGCAGAGCUUUAUCCUAUUGGGCAUUCUUUUACACAGUGGUAUAAGCAAGAUAGGACAACUUACAGACUCCGUUAAUCAAAUUCAAAUAAGCAAAAACAGGAUAUCACCCAUAUGUCAGUUCAUAUAUUUAACCACUACGGAUGCACUUCUUUAACUAGAUAAAUCCUAAAUGUGGAACUGGUGUAAGAAAAAGACCUGAUGCUGGUACAAUCAGAAGCAAUACUUCGUGUUUAAGCACAAAAUUUGGACUAUGUGCAUUUCUUAAUGAUCAUAUAAUGUCCUUAAUCAUCAACUAAAUGAGGUAUUUCAAUUCUAUUUUUGUAUGACAUCAUCAUAUGAACUUGUAUUAUUUGUGAACGCAGAGUAGAUGCUGACUUUAAGUGUUUGAAUGGUUCUGAGAGGAGAGCUUCUGAAUUGCAUACAUGAUUUCAUUGUCCCUCCUUUUCCCCAGAAACAAAUGUUCAAGUCUUUGCAUUUGAUCCCCGAUUUGGACUUGAUGAUAUGAAUUGUGAUUGUAAUGUAAAUAGCUGCAGAGUUGUUUAAUAAGAGAAAAUUAUUGGGAUAGUACUCCAGUAUUUUAUGUGAGCACCUAUACGCUUCUGCAUCCUUAUCUGCUCAUAUGAACCCAUUGCUUUAGACAAAUCUAUUACAAUAAACUUCCUCAAACCAGCAUGAGAAAAACCAUAAUGUUUGUGUUUUAGAACAUUUUUCAUGUAUUGCUGUUUUUUCCACCUGUUGGGCAUGUUACUGUGUAGUAUAGACCAACAACUACAGGACGUUUUAGAUAAAAGGGAGCAAAGAGAAGUGGCCAAACAGGUAUUUUUAUAAUUUAACAGGUUAUGUGCCAUCAUUUCUCAUGAGGAAUGAGCAGGAUUUAGUCAUACCAAGACACAACUGUGUGAUGAAUUAGCUUUGACCCUUGUUUGGUGUCGUACACAUCAGUUACAUAUACACUCUCUGUAACCUUCUGUAUAUUCCUGUAGCUUUACGAGUUGUGCCUCUGCCUCCUAUUGACUGUGAUGUAAACUGCACUUUUGUUUUCUCCCCGUUUGUCUCUGUUUUUCCAGAUAUUACAGAAAAAUUAACCAGGCUGAGCUUAUUUGUCCACAGAUCUUUAAAGCUGCAUGGGUGUGAAUGUUUGUUUUUUCUUGCAGUAGAUGAAAGAUGUGUUGCUGAUAGUACCCUGUCUUAGGUAUAGAUACUCUCCCAGUAUGAAGCUUUAAUAUCAUGUUUCUUUAUUUUACAUCAUGUACAUUCAGAUGAUUUAUAUUUCAAUAAAUGAUUUAUAAUAUAAAAA